CUGACAAUUUCAGGACAAGAAAUUGCUUUGGAGAACGCGGUUUGGCUGGAGCAGAUCCACAGUGAGGAGCCUGUUCUCAUUUCACCGCUGGUGCAAGACAAUGGAGACAGAAAUCGAGCAGCAGGAAGAAGAGACCACUUUCAGCAACACUGACACUAACGGUAAAGCUAUUGUAGGCUAUUUUGGCAGUGCCUCAUCAAAGCUGUGUGUAAGCCAUGCAUUUGCCUUGAUUAGACUAGAAAUAUAACACUGCUUUUCUCUAAUAGCUGUUAUCAGUCAGAAGGGACUACAGGGAUUGACAUUAAGGGAUGCUUCGAUUUUCCUUGGGCAAGUGAACCAAACAAUCAAACCUUUUUAAAGAAUUCCAGUAGCCUAAAACUGAUCGUUCUGGUUCCUCCCCGUUAUUUAUGUAAAAUACAGACCAUUUAUGGCAAGUUAAGCCUGCUUUGAUAUGUUAUUUCUUUCGAAUAACAACCAAAAUACUAAUAAUUCAAUUACUGAUUUUUCUGGUUCCUCCCCUAUGUGUAGGUGAAAGGCCUGCAAUAUAUUGCACUUCUGGGUGUAAAUAGCUAAGUACAAUUUUUGGGCAAGUGAAGGGCAACCAAAAAUUACUGCUGACCUGCCUGAUGGGCAGGUACUUUUCAGACUUUAAUGUAAAUCCCUGGACUACUGGUAUAGCUACAUGCUGGCACCAUGUGUGCAUGUCAGAUGGCCAUGUGUUUCUCUUGUCCAGGUCACUGCUGUUUCGGGAGCAGUUCCGCCUAAUUUUAAUCCAGGAAGUGGACUGGAAAACGCCCUGCCGAGGACAUGGAGGAGGAGCAGGCCUUCAAGCGCUCUCGCAACACUGAUGAGAUGGUGGAGUUGCGGGUACUGCUGCAGAGCAAAAAUGCUGGAGCUGUUAUCGGAAAGGGCGGCAAGAAUAUAAAAGCCUUACGCACAGACUACAAUGCCAGUGUAUCUGUCCCUGACAGCAGUGGCCCAGAGCGGAUCCUGAGUGUUAGUGCAGAUAUUGAGACUAUCGGAGAGAUUCUGCUGAAGAUUAUCCCUACUCUGGAAGAGUACCAGCAUUAUAACGGGAUUGAUUUUGACUGCGAGCUGCGUUUGCUGAUCCAUCAGAGUCUGGCCGGAGGCAUCAUUGGGGUGAAGGGUACCAAGAUAAAGGAGUUAAGAGAGAACACCCAGACUACCAUCAAGCUAUUCCAGGAGUGCUGUCCUCACUCCACUGACCGAGUGGUUCUGGUUGGAGGAAAGCCAGACCGUGUCGUCGAUUGCAUCAAAGUUAUCCUGGAGUUGGUAUCUGAGGCUCCUAUCAAAGGGCGCGCCCAGCCUUACGACCCCAACUUCUACGACGAGACAUACGACUACGGCGGCUUCACCAUGAUGUUCGAGGAGCGGGGCCGGCGGCCUAUGGGGGGGUUCCCCGUACGGGGCCGGGGUGGCUUUGAGCGCAUGCCCCCCGGCCGCGGCGGCCGACCCAUGCCCCCCUCCAGACGGGACUAUGAAGACUUGAGCCCUCGCCGGGGACCGCCCCCUCCCCUGCCUACCAGAGGGCGUGGAGGGAGCCGGGCUCGAAACCUGCCCCUCCCCCUACCACCACCCCCAAGAGGAGGAGGUGACCGGUUCUCUCAUCAGAGCUAUCACGGCAACAUGGACGACAGACCCAACAGCGACAGGAGAGGAAGACCAGGAGACCGCUACGACAGCAUGAGUGGUGGAUACGGUGACAACACUUCCUCCUGGGAGCCCUUUCAGUCUGGUGGCCGAGGGUCAUACAGUGACAUCGGGGGUCCCGUCAUCACGACACAAGUUACCAUCCCCAAGGAUCUGGCUGGCUCCAUCAUCGGGAAGGGCGGACAGCGGAUCAAGCAGAUCCGUCACGAGUCGGGAGCGUCCAUCAAGAUCGACGAGCCACUAGAGGGCUCCGAGGACCGCAUCAUCACCAUCAAUGGAACACAGGACCAGAUCCAGAACGCCCAGUAUCUACUGCAGAACAGGCACGUGCUAGCACCCUUUCCUCGUCUCCGCUGAAAGCAGUAUGGUGGAAACCUAUUCAUCCCUGUCCCCUAUCCGUGUGUGAAGCAGUACUCUGGUCGGUUCUUCUAAAGAGGGAAGAGGAGCCAAUCUGCCAUGCCCGUUCGCUCCCUCUAUUCAGAGCCAACAUUCCUCAGCUUUGGGUAGUUGUGUGCCCCCCACCCUGUCAUCUAACACCUUUUAAUAAGAAGUUUGGAAAUUCUCUCAAAGCUGCCGGAUGAGUGUCACUUUUUUUGUUUUUUUUUGCCUUGCUUGUUUUUUUGGGUUUUUCUUGAUUAUUUUGCUGUUCUGUACUUGGAGUAAACUAACCUGUCUGUGUUCACUCUUGGCCUCCCCUGCUCCUCCCAGUCAGUACAGCAUGCAGAAUGUAAUCUUGUUUUGUAAGAAACAUUUUAUGAUUUAAAAAAAACAAAAAAAACAUUUAGUUUAUUUUUGCUUAAUUUUUCCCCCCUGCUGAAAGAUAAGGGGCUGUAUAAAAAUGUACAGUAAUUGUGUCAUAGGAUGAAUAAGAGUGCUAGGAUUGUUUCAUUUUGUUGGGAGACUGAUAGGGCUAAAAUAAAGUAUUGUUAAUUUUAAGUUUUCUACAUGAUUUCAGCUGGUUAACGGGGAGGGACUUGAUAUAAUUCCUUUAAUACGUAAUCAUUGACAUUUGGAUCCAUUUAGACUGGCUAAAGCCUGUUUUUUUUGUCGGUUUGUAAGCGUUUUUAACAUUUUAGAUGGGAUCUUUGUAGACACCAGUCAGUUUGGGAUGGGAAUGCAGCUUUUCUUUCCAUAUGAGUGGCAUGUCACCCCUGUUAAUCUACCUGUCUGGGGUAUAGUGUCUGCUGCAAAUCUGAGUAAUAAAGUCUGUGCCACCUUUUACUAAACAUGUGGGGGGAGGUUUUGUUAUUUUUCCAUGUUUCCUAGAUGCGAUAAAUAAAAUGGUUGUAAUAAAAUCAA